UCAAGAUCAAGAUCAAGGUCAAGCAGAGCGGCAUCAUCGCUUCUCCGUCCGUCAAAACUCCCCAGGGCCGGGGUCACGCUACGUCUUCGGCCAGAACAACGGCUCGGACAAAGCAGCGUCGAACGCUUUCCCCCUGUUCCCCAAACGGAUUCGGAGGAGCAUAUCGUCGGACGGCCUACGCCACGAUCUAGACCGGCACUUCUCGUCCUCGUCCUCCUCAUCGUCUUCGUUGGCCAUGCAGUUUUUGCCCAAGCAGAACCGACAGCUCCAGCUGCCAUCCUUCGAAGAGCUGGGGAUAGCCACGCCAUCACCCAACAACAUGCCCAGAGCAGCAGCCCACCAGGAGAGAGACCAGCGGCCGUCUACCUCGCCCUCUGGCUCGUUCAUCGACGGAGCCAUACCAGCAGCCUCGCCGUCGAAAUCCUCGUCUCCCUUUGCUGACUCUCCCAACUCGCGGAUGGACGUCUCAUAUCCAUCUCCACUACCCAUCACGCCGCCCGAAUCGGAUGAUCAUGUUCAAUGGAAUCCUGCCGCUACAGGUGCUCCCAACAAUGACUCGUCUGAAGCCACUGUCCCUACAGAGGAGGGAUCUUCCGGCGUCGCAGAGGUGACCAUGAAGGAGGAACAGCCCCAGGAUAGCUGCACUCCCAAGCAAUCCACACAACAGCAACCGGACCAGAACAACCCGGACAGUGCAGAUGAUUCCCGUUCGCUGCCAAUACCGAGCGGCAUGCCGCUGCAGGACGGGAACGACAGACUUCUCUUUCUGCAAAAGGGAAUUGUAACUGCUGGUACGACCAUAUGACACCCUUUUUUUUUUACCCACUCUCUCACCCCCCUCUUCAUACUUAUGCAAACUUGUUGCUGACUUUGAUUGUAGUAUCAUUCCUUGCUAUAUCCAAGGACCCUGCAAAGGUUGUCCAGCUGGUCUCCCAAACUCUCCCGUGUCCUCCGUCCAAUAACCUCCCCAACUCGAGCUCUCUCUCUCCUGCCUGCGUCUUUAGCCCCAUUGUUCAGACGAUCCAGUCCCGUCUCCAACCAGACCAAUCGCCCUAUAUCAACAUCACCCAUGCAGUGCCGCCAAAGUUCUCCCUCUCCAGCCUACCAACAUCUCCACCGAGCACACCCAAUCGUCUCUUUCCCGGAGACGACUAUUUUAACAUGACUGUCUUCUCUAACGCUACGGCUGCACCUCACUACCCGUUCACCAGCGCCUCUUCCUCGUCAUCCUUAUCUGGCGGAGCACAGUCACAAGCACCAUACGUGCCCACGCCGAUUGUUCCCCCAUACAGCGUCAACAUCGCUGCCGUCGAGCGCUACCUUCCACCAACCUCAACAUGCGAAUACCAAAACCUCUUCACCACCAGCGGGCCGUCAGUACUUCUAGAUCGCCUUCGAGAACUUUCGCCUCGUGACGGUACCUUACUCCUUGUAUACCCCACCCUCCGUGGCGCCCAAUGCUUCAAACAACACUAUCUCAACCCUAUCCUGGACCCUUUACUACGCAACCUUGUCGGCCUACACUGCCUGCCUUCUGACAUUGGUACGGCACUUAGCUCCACACCUGCGCUCAAACACAUGGACCCCUUUGAGACAAUGCACUCGAAAGUCUCUCAGCUUUGUUCCUCCCUGACAUAUCGCGACCGAACCACGUUUACUCUUUCAUACGCCUCUCCCGGUUGCAUCCCGCUCUCCCGCGACCUCUGGACAGAAUGGUACAUUGCCCAGGAAUCCCCUCGCGCCCGCGAGAUACUUGACUACUGGCGCAACGAUCACCGCACCCGCCACCACACCGCCAGCAAAGGUAUGGGUAUGGAUAGAGAAGUUACUAGUGCCAUGGUCCUUCGGGAUGUCGUCGACGGCAUCCGCAAGCGAGCAACGACCGAGCCCAUGGACGACGCUGAGCGAGAAGGCGUGGAAGUCGGCAUCUUCGUCAUCCGGCGCUCCCUAUCACAGUCAUCUACAUGAUUCACCUACAAAUCACUAGCAAACAAGCACGAUGGCAUUGGCAGAACGAGUUUCACAUUUCCAGAGGAGGAGUUCUAGGUCUUAGAUUCGGUUUAUACCAGGUUCGGGUCUGGUCCGGUUAGGUCUUUAACAUGUCAAAAAACGGGGUUCAACAGCGCAACGCAACAUGAAAA